AUGCCACCAAGACACCAGACCCUGCCACAGGCCCAGACGGCAUCGGCCCGCGAGGCCAUGUCCUCGUUCUACUGCCAGCUCUGCGCCAAGGGCUACUCGCGCCACAACGAGUACGAGGCCCACCUCUCCUCCUACGACCACGCCCACAAGGUCCGCCUCAAGGAGAUGCGCGCCAUGACGCGCGACCCAGGUGCUGCAGCCAGGGCACGUCGGGCUGAGGCCAAGGCCGAAGGCGUCAUCAGCAUCCAGUUCGGGGCGGGGCAAGGCGGCGGCGCUGGUGGUACCGGCGGUGGCGGCAGCGGCAAGAGCGCGGGGUUCAAGAAGGGUGGCUUCAAGAAGAGUGGGUUCAAGAGUGCCUUUGCACCUGCGGGCAAUGACGUGGACCAGGGAGAGACAGAGAAGGACGAGGAGGCGAACAAGAUCAAGAGUGCCGCGCUGCUGGGCCGUGGUGCUGGUGGUACGUCGGCUGCUGGUCUAGCGGAGAGCGACACCGAGGACGAAGGCUAUGAGGUUUACGACCCACGAUUCCCUACAGACUGA